AAUAUGGCAUCAUCAUCCAACUCGCCUUGCGCGGCAUGCAAGUUCUUGCGGCGAAAAUGCCAGCCGGAGUGUGUAUUCGCGCCAUACUUUCCCCCGGACCAGCCUCAGAAAUUCGCAAACGUCCACAAGGUGUUCGGAGCAAGCAAUGUCACAAAGCUCCUCAAUGAGCUCCACCCCCACCAGCGCGAGGACGCCGUCAACUCUCUCGCCUACGAGGCGGACAUGCGCCUCCGCGACCCUGUCUACGGCUGCGUCGGCGUCAUCUCCCUCCUCCAGCACCAGCUCCGCCAGCUCCAGAUGGACCUCAGCUGCGCAAAAUCCGAGCUCUCCAAGUACCAGAGCCUGGGGAUCACCGGCCACGGACUCAUCGCGGCUGCAGCCGCCGCCACCCACCACCACCAGCAACAUAAUUUGGGGAUCAAUUUGAUGGGUGGUGGCGGUGGCGGCAACCGGGAGCUCCACUACCACCACCACCAGUUUUUCCCCAGCAAUCAAGCUCAGGUGAUGAGGAGUACCUUCGAUGCCGCCGCCAAUUACGACGCCAGCAGCCUCCUCGGGAUGAAUGUGUCCGCCAGCAUCGGGCAGCUGAGUCAUUUCCAGCAACCCAGGGCGGCCGGUGGAGAUGACCGGCGGACACCGGUCGAUCCUUCUUAGGGUUUUUCUCUCUCUCAUCAAGCACCCAAACUAUCAAUGAUAAGUAAAAUACCCAAUCUUUUCACUAAGCUAUUGUUGGGGUUUUGUUGUUAUAUUAUUACUCUUAUUAUACUAUGAGUAUGAGUAAGUCUA